CCUCGUCUAGCGAGUAUCAUUGUGGCUGCCAGCGACUAUGAUCACCUUGCUACAUCCCUGCCCCUGCCUUCAGAGAGGGAUCACCUUCGGCCCAGGAUAGAUCUGAUUGUGUUUAUGAUUGACAUCAAGAGCAAAUACAGCUUGAAGAACAUUGAAGCUUCCCUAGCUUAUGUGGAUGCCAGCUUCUUCCUGGGGAAAGUGUGCUUUCUUGUCACUGGGGUUGGCCGGGUGAAGGACUGCAGCGUGGAGAUGAACGCCAUCUGGAAACUGGGGGAAGUCUACUGCAGUCCUGUGCUGUUCUGUGAGCUGGAGUUGGAAGGGACACGAGUUGCCACUGCUCAGCGACUUCUCCGGAUGUUACGGAUCUGUGCUGGUCACGUACCAGGAGUUUCUGCCUUGUCCUUUGGCUUACUGAUGAGGAACUCUGCUGAUGACUAGCUUCUCGUGAGAAUUCAGCCACAUUCAUCAGGUUUUUUCACUUCAGGCAUUCAAGCUGCUGCAGUUGGAAUCACAUUGGGAAGCUUUUUUGCCUGACUUGUCAUGACCACUCAUCCAGAACUGUUCCUAGUUGCUAGUCUCUC